UCUCUCGAAGCGAUGUCGUCUCUCUCUUCUUCCUCUCUUCACAUCCUCUCUCCCAAAUUCCCAUCAAAGCCCUCCUGUUUCCUUUGGAAAAGCCUCUCCUUUCUUCCCUCAAGAUCCCUCCUUUUAUCGUCCCCCAUCUCCUUCCAACCCCUCCCCAGAUCUUCCCCCCUCCCCCAACCCCUCCGUGCCCAGCCGCAGCAGCGGGAGGAGGAGCAGACAGCCGGCGUCGACCUCUCCCUCCUCCCUCCCAAGCUCCGGGACAUCAUCGUCCUCUUCCAGUCCGUCUCCGAGCCCAAGGCCAAGUACCAGCAGCUCCUCCACUACGGGGCGCGGCUGCCCCCCCUCGACCCCGCCUUCAAGAACGAGGAGCACCGCGUGCGUGGCUGCGUCUCCCAGGUCUGGGUCCGCGCCUUCAUCGACCCCGAGGACGCCGCCGCCGUCCGCUUCGAGGCCGAUUCCGACUCCGUCCUCACCAAGGGUCUGGCCGCCCUCCUCGUGCUUGGCCUCUCGGGAUCCCCUGCCCCUGUGAUCGCCCGCGUGCCCCCUGACUUCGUUCACCUCCUCGGCCUCCGACAGAGCCUCACGCCAUCUAGGAAUAAUGGCUUCCUCAACAUGCUCAAGCUCAUGCAGCAGAAAGCCCUCCAGCUGCAUGCAGAUGCUGCUGAUUUCAAGGAUAGUGAGGCUCUCGGACCCGAUAGAUUAGACACAAAUACAAAAGAUGAAUUUUUUGAGGGAAAAGAUCCGAUUUUGGGUGGAAAAGCCAAUGAAAUGAGCACAGGUCGCGACUCAGUUGUUAAUGGUGGCAGAAAUUCACCAGGUUAUCAUGCUUCAGAGGUAGAAGAGAGAUUGGAAGAAGAUAGGGAUGCUGUUGAUAUGACUCCGAUAAGUCCACAAGCUGCAUCCGGUGGGAGAAGGGAGAGGAUGAUCGAGAGAUUGGAGAGAGGGCUAUGUCCGGUGUCAUUAGAGGUGGAGGACAUAUCUCAUCUCCACGCAAGCCAUGCUGCAGUUAGGGGGAGCGCUGGUGGAGAGACUCAUUUCAACGUUAGGGUUAUCUCAAGGGAGUUUGAAGGGAAGAGUUUGGUGAAGAGGCACAGGCUUAUUUAUGAGCUUUUGCAAGAGGAGUUGCAGAGUGGAUUACAUGCUCUCUCUAUUGAUGCAAAGACUCCAUCUGAAGCGCAAUCUAGUUAAAGAAGAAUUAGUUGUGACAAGAGAACAAUGCAAUAAGCUCAAAAACACUUUCUGUUGUUGACGCAUGAUGCUCGUAGCAAGGAAUAGUUAUUAUUCUUGAAGAUGCCAUUGAAGAUUGAUUGUGGGAAUCUUAUAUGUCUCAAAGAAAUAUUAUUGUGAGAGUGUGUUCUCUGUUAAUGUCUACUAAACUAAAAUAAGGUUCAAGGUCAUCUGUCAGUGUGUUUGGUUGCCAUUUAUAUGUCGAGAUCAUGAGGAAUACCCUUAUGCCAAUGCCUAGAAGCUCCAAUUCUUCCUAUUUUCUUUCCUCAUUUUUGGAAUUGUUAUAACAAUCUUAAAAUGUGACUUUGGCUCAAUGAUGAUAAAAUACAAUUGAGAAGUUUCAUGGUUUUGAGCUUCUAAUUGUGUACAUAGUGCUCUCUGUUGUGUUGGAUUAUUUUAUCUUUAAUCUAUUAGCCUAGAGUUUAUCAGAUUCUCUAACUGCAAGGCUUCUUGUUAUAUACACACAACUACCAAAUGUAUCAUGGUCAAUUUGUUGAAUUAUUGAACAAUAACAAGGCAUCAUUCCUAAUCAUUUGGGGUUGGACUGAUGGAACUUUUCUGGCCGUUUAUCUCUCCUCAGGACAGUGAUUAUUUUGAUUGGACCAAAGGUCAAUUUGUUGAAUUAUUGAACAAUAACAAGGCAUCAUUCCUAAUCAUUUGGGGUUGGACUGAUGGAACUUUUCCGGCUGUUUAUCUCUCUUCAUGACAGUGGUUGUUUUGAUUGUGCAAUCUAGUCUUCGACUCCAUCUUAUGCUAGAUUGGUACUGUAUCUAAUGUAGCAUCAAUAUAAUAAAUUCCUUAUUUGUUUUUUCAAGAAGAGCUAUCACUGAUCUCAACAUCCUUUUUGGGUUAAUAUAACUCUGGAUAUGUUGCUUUUUGACUGCCAACAUUUUUUAUAUGCAAAAUAUGGCUGCAAUACCCUCGUAAGAAGUAUUUGAUUAGUUAUGCAUGCUUUACAACUUCACUUGCAGUCCAUGGUGAAGGUAAUUAAAGUGCCAUUGAUUCCCUAGCCUUGUUACUUGUUACACAUUUCUGAUACCCUUAGUGUAAAAGUAAUGGUACAAUCUUCCCGACAUGUAAGACUUAAUGUGUUUUUUGUUGAACAUCUUUGUCCCAGUUAAGUCUGUUCAUCACCCUAUCCUAUAGCUUCUAAAUUGGGCAAUAUAAAUCAUGAAUUUUUUAUGCCUCUGAUUAACCAUUUAAUACUCUACAUCGAGAUUUCUUUCACAAAUAUUAGAAACAGUUUCUGCCAUAAAUUGCAUCCUUCUCUUGGCAUAUUUUGACAUAUUUUGUGUACCUUCAUGUUCCUUUGAUUGUUUGAGCAUGCAUCAGACUCUUGUCUAUCAUCAUAAUUUGCAUUUUUGGACCUUUAUAGCAUGAUUCUAUUCAGUGUUUCUUUGUAUCAGGAUUAGAUUGUGUCAGCAAAUCACUUUUGUUACAGACUCAUGUCUAUGAACUUUGAUUUUACCGUUUAGAUGUUAAUUAUUGACACCUUUUGGAGGCCAAUGGAUCAAAGAAGGGAGAGGGAGAUACUUGGGCAGGGACUAGAAUGGGUCUUAUUUGGCAUCUCGGGGUGUCUGGCAGCCUUCAGCCAAGCAUUUAGAUCUUAUUGGCUAACUUAUAACGGAGAGGGAUUACUGUUACUAUAUACAGUAACAUGCUUGCAGAUAUCUACUUGAGACCAGAAAUCUCCAAACUGUUGUUCAUACUGAAAACUAUUCCAGUAUGCCACUCUCUCCAACACCUCCCUGCCAUAUAGUAUGCAUGUUUGAAUUCCCAUCAAGAUAAUGUUCAUUCUAUAGUAUUGACUUUAAUAGGUUACGCAUGGUGAAACUGAGAAGGCCCUACCUGUUAGAAAUUGCUGGCAAGGCUGAGAGAUGCUACCAGAUUAUGCAGUUCGGUACUGUUUGUCAAAGGAGGAGUGCAGCUUGCAACUGUCCACAUUGAGUUGAAUGUAUGAUAAUUAUUUUGCACAAAAAGAUGCGUUGGGUUAUAGGUUUAGGGAUCAAAAGGAUCUGAUGUUACUCUAGUAAUUUAAUUUUUUGCUCUGCUCUGGUUAUCCUUGUGAUAGAGACUGCCAGCAAUUUAUGCUUAUAUUUUUAUGUGUUC